GUUUGCCAGGAAUCCACGGCAGGAUCGUAUAUAGACUAAUUAAUUGCUCGUCAGUUGGUCAGAAGUGACCUCACCAGUCACCGGUGACCACCUACUCCCCUUAACCGCGGCUGUUCCACCUCAGAUUACAAAUUGAUCGGCCCUCUCAUCCGCCAGCGCUCACCAACCCCACCAACUCCUCCUCCUCGCGUCUCGCACUCCCCUUGAACGCCGUGCAAAAUGACCGUCGAUGCUUCCACCGCCUCCGGCCACGGCCAGACCGUCUGCGUAACCGGCGCCGGUGGCUUCAUCGCCUCCUGGCUGGUGAAGCUGCUCCUGGAGAAGGGCUACACCGUCAAAGGAACCGUCCGGAACCCAGAUGAUCCAAAGAAUGCGCACUUAAAAGCUCUGGAAGGGGCGAAGGAGAGGCUGAUCCUCUGCAAGGCUGAUCUCCUUGAUCAUGAUGCCCUGCGGGCGGCCAUCGACGGGUGCCAGGGCGUCUUCCACACCGCUUCUCCGGUGACCGAUGAUCCGGAGGAAAUGGUGGAGCCGGCGGUGAGGGGGACCAGGUACGUGAUCAAUGCAGCCGCCGACGCCGGCACCGUCUGCCGCGUGGUGUUCACCUCCUCGAUCGGUGCCGUGACCAUGGACCCCAAGCGCGGGCCUGAUGUGGUGGUCGACGAGUCAUGCUGGAGCGACCUGGAGUACUGCAAGAGCACCAAGAAUUGGUAUUGCUACGGGAAGGCGGUGGCGGAGAAGGCGGCAUGGGAGAUGGCGAAGGAGAGGGGGGUGGAGGUGGUGGUGGUGAACCCGGUGCUGGUGAUGGGGCCGCUGCUGCAGGGGACGGUGAACGCCAGCGUGAAGCACGUGGUGAAGUACCUUGACGGCUCGGCGCACAAGUACGCCAACGCGGUGCAGGCGUACGUGGACGUGCGGGACGUGGCGCUGGCGCACCUCCUCGUGUACGAGGCCCCCGGGGCCGCCGGCCGCUACCUCUGCGCCGAGACCGUCCUCCACCGGGAGGACCUCGUCCGCAUCCUCGCCGAGCUCUUCCCCGAAUACCCCGUCCCCACCAGGUGCUCCGAUGAGGUAAAUCCUCGGAAGCAGCCAUAUGAGUUCUCGAACCAGCGGCUCAAGGAUCUCGGCCUCCACUUCACGCCGGUGACUCGCAGCCUCUACGAAACAGUAAAGAGCCUGCAGGAGAAAGGACACCUUCAGAUCAUUGCUUGAUGAUCCUAUCACAUUCUUGCACCCCCCCCAUUGCUUGCUGCAGCAGACUGUAGGCACAUGAACUACAAUAAGACCACCAACAUACUGCACUACAAUAUGUGAAAAAAAUAUAAAAGAUUGUUGUUAAUUAUAUUCGAAUUAGAAGGUCCAUUUUUGUCUAAAGCACCUGUUGGAGUUCAGGACCGAACUAAAAACUGUAGCUUUUUUUUUUCAUUCAUAAGCACAUGGAUCUCUGUAUUGCAAUUAUAUAUUAAUGUUUAAGACAGUUCAUAGAUGAAGUAGAAUAGUUAUUUA